UCUGCUCACACAGGUCUCUCAGGGUAGCAGACAUGAAAGCCCUCAUCCUGACAGCCGCCGCAUUGCUGCUCCUGGCACCUGCUUUUUGUCACAACGGCGUGCAAAGCGUGGCAGACAACUUCAUCAAGCCAAACUUAACUAUUAAGACCUAUCAGGGAGCUCCUCCAGGUGAUUUUGAAGACUUCCCACUUUCUGACAUAGAAGGCUGGACGGGAGCCCCCGCAACGGUAAACAGAGAGUGCCCUGAAGGAAGCGUUUCCAGUCUCGUGGUGAAUAACGCUACCAUCGGGUACCUGCAAAGUUCCUUAAGCACCAAGGUGAUACCUGCCAUCUACAUCCUGGUAUUUGUGGUCGGUGUGCCAGCCAACAUCGUGGCACUGUGGAAGCUCUUUGCUAGGACCAAGCCCAUUUGUCUGAUCAUCUUCCACACCAACCUGGCUAUCGCAGACCUUCUUUUCUGUCUCACGCUGCCGUUUAAGAUUGCAUACCAUUUCAAUGGGAACAACUGGGUGUUUGGAGAGGCCAUGUGCCGUAUCACCACAGUCAUCUUCUACGGAAACAUGUACUGCUCCAUUCUGCUCCUGGCUUGCAUGAGCGUCAACCGCUACCUGGCCAUUGUCCACCCUUUCGUCUACCGGAAGCUGCCCAAGCGUAACUGCUGCUUGCUCCUCUGUGGCCUGGUGUGGGGAAUGUCCUCCUUGUGUAUGCUGCCAUUCCUCAUCCUGAAGCAGGAGUACUAUCUUGUCCAGCCAGGGAUCACCACUUGCCAUGACGUCUUCAACACGUGCGAGUCCUCAUCUCCCUUCCAACUCUAUUACUUCACCUCCUUAGCGCUCUUUGGAUUCCUCCUUCCCUUUGCGGUCAUCAUCUACUGCUAUACAUGCCUCAUCCGCAAACUUAAUGCAAACGACCGCAGAUGGCUGAUGUACAUCAAGGCGAUUCUCCUCAUCCUAGUGAUCUUUACAAUUUGCUUUGCUCCAAGUAACAUUAUACUGAUCGUCCACCACACCAACUACUACUACAAUGACACUGAUGGCUUAUACUUUAUGUAUCUCAUAGCUUUGUGCCUUGGUAGCCUGAACAGUUGCUUAGAUCCCUGCCUCUAUUUUCUCAUGUCCAAAAUCAUCAAUCAGCUCACUUGUUAGCUGACGAUGGUGAGAUCACUCAGGUGAACAAGCAAAGCUAUCUGUGAAAAUAUACAAGCUUGAUACA